AUCAAUAAGAAAUUGUUCAAUAAUGAAUACAUUAAAUAACAUGACCAAUCCUUAUAACAUGCCAUCUAUGCCAUAUGGAGGUAUUUUAGAUCCAGAUGGCUGCAGAAUGCUUGCUAGAAAAAUCUUUUAGACUUAUGAUAUCUCCAAAAAAGGAUAUAUAGAUGUUGUUGAUGUUGGAUCCAUGUUUACAGAUGCAUACAGAGCGUAGAAUAUCACGAUCAAGCCUAAAGUCAAUGAGACGAAUGGUUUUCUGAGAGCAAUUAAUAAGAGUGCUUAGAAUAGAGUUACAUUACAAGAUGUGGAGUAGUAUUGUUUGAAGAAAUUUUGCGGUACUUCUUAUUAGUUCAAAUAACAACAAUCAGCCAACAAACAACCUAAUUAUAUUGAAGAGAGACUCGAAGUGGCAAGAAGUCUUUUCAAGAAGCUUGACGCAGACGGCUCUGGGUACAUAACUGAAGAUGAGGUUUAUGAGAUAAUUCGUGAAACAUACAGAUAGAUGGGAAUGAAAUAUGAGCCUACUGUUGAUGAUGUCCGAAGUUGGAUUCAUAUGACUGAUUCGGAUGGGGAUGGGAAAGUUACUUUAGAGGAUUAUGAAAACUUGGUGUUGAAGUCAUUGCAACAAUAAGCGAUUUCAUAUAAUCUAAGUUGA